AUACACUGGCUGGCAGCAGCUCUCCAGGGUUUCAAACAGAUGUCUUUCUCAGCUUUACCUGGGACUUUCAGCAGGCCAAGCAGGUAGUCUCCCUCUGGACUGUGGCCCUUUCCCCGCCUAGCCUGACGAUUGAGAUCGAGCUUGUGUAUGAAUCUCCAGGUCAUGCUCUGAUGGGCAAAUGGCUGAGCCUCUAUGACCCAGCUAAUCUCAAUGCCGGACUAAGGGGCUAUGUGAAAGUUCACCUCUGUGUCCUUGGAGCUGGAGAUCAGGCGCCGGAUGCAGCCCAUUUGCCAGACAGUGGCAAUUUGGAAGCCAACCUCCUGCAGGCAGCAGUAAUGCCAGCAGUACGCAGAGCCAUGCUCCAGCUCUUCGUAUACCGAGCAGAAGAUUUGUCUCCAAGUGUCCUCAACGUCGGGCAGGACCGCAGCUCGUACCAGCCCAUCGACACCGGAGCCGCUGCGCCCCUACCCAGAC